UGGGAAUGUAGUACUGUGGCUCUGACUGAAGAGUGAAGGCUGUCCUGCCAAUAUCGCAGUUUUUCUUCGCUUCCCAGGCGCCUCUCCACACGGACGGAUCCGCAUCUGAAGCGUGUCACGGCGGCUGCGUGAAGCCCGAACACCGUGGGGCUUAAACUGGAGCUCCACUGCAGUAGUUACUCCUAUUGGAUAUCCAAUGGACAACAGGUGGUCUGUGAAGACACUAGGCGGUGUAUAGGGUUGAAACACUGACUGUUUCCACAAAAGAAGGGAGGCUCAAACGCAGACACACCUCUGAUGCCUCUGGCCAGUCUGAGCUCAUGGUUUGUGCUCGCUGGGAUCAACUAGUGGCCUGGCCAAAGAGCGCAGUGUUGCUACACACAGUACAGCCCACACAGGAUGUCGUGGGCCAGAGGCCUCUUUGCAGGCAGAGUGGAUGAGCGAAAGACAGCAUGGGGAGAGCGCAAUGGCAAGAAGAGGAAGGACAGCUCGUCACUAUGCAACCCACGUUACAUGAGCUGCCUGAGGGACCCGGAGGACUUAGAGACCCCUAAUGCGGCCCCCCAGCAUUACCACUGUGGGGCAGGUACCAGUGGGGGCAGCUUUGGCCUGCGCUGUGGCUGGCAGGAGGACCACUAUGGGAAAAGGAUGGUCGGCGGUGGGGAUCUAGGACUAAAAGCUGUGGAUCUGGGCUUUGAAGAUGGUGAGCUGAAGAGCAGGAAAGAGGAAGAACUGGGGGAACUGGAGGGCAGCUGCAGGGCGAUGAGCGCGGCGGACUGCUGGAGGCGGCUCGUGUGGGUUUUCCAAUCCAAGAAAUUUCAGUCCAACAAGCUGGAGCGUCUGUACCAGCGCUACUUCUUCAGGCUCAACCAGAGCUCUCUGACCAUGCUCAUGGGGGUGCUGGUGGUGGUGUGUGGGGUCAUGCUCGCCUUCCACUGCAUCCACUCGACCCCCGACGUGGCCUACAUCUCAAUACUGUCGGUGGCCAUGGCGCUCUUCCUGGCCAUGAUGGUGGUGUGCAACCGCAACGGCUUCCACCAGGACUACAUGUGGAUCGUGAGCUACCUGGUGAUCGGGGUGCUGAUAGUGGUGCAGGUUUUCGGGGUGCUCAUGGUGUACCCUCGCAGUGCCUCGGAGGGCAUCUGGUGGACGGUGUUCUUCAUCUACAUCAUCUACACUCUGCUGCCGGUCAGGAUGAGAGCUGCUGUGCUCAGUGGAGCUGUGCUGUCCACCAUUCACAUAGUGACGGCGUGGCGGCUCAACCAAGAGGACAAGUUCAUUUUCAAACAGAUCAGUGCCAACGUGCUGAUCUUCCUGUGCACUAACAUGAUCGGGAUCUGUACCCACUACCCUGCUGAGGUCUCCCAGAGACAAGCCUUCCAGGAGACAAGAGGAUACAUUCAGGCCAGACUGCACCUGCAGAGGGAAAACCAGCAGCAGGAGCGCUUACUGCUGUCAGUGCUGCCAAGGCACGUUGCCAUGGAGAUGAAGGCUGAUAUCAAUGCCAAGAAGGAAGAUAUGAUGUUCCACAAGAUCUACAUCCAAAAACACGACAAUGUGAGCAUACUGUUUGCUGACAUCGAGGGCUUCACCAGCCUGGCGUCUCAGUGCACGGCCCAGGAGCUGGUCAUGACGCUGAACGAGCUGUUCGCCCGCUUCGACAAGCUGGCCUCGGAGAACCACUGCCUGCGCAUCAAAAUCCUUGGAGACUGUUACUACUGUGUGUCUGGGCUGCCUGAGCCCCGGGCCGACCACGCCCACUGCUGUGUGGAGAUGGGAGUAGACAUGAUCGAAGCCAUCUCGCUGGUGAGAGAGGUGACGGGUGUUAACGUGAACAUGCGAGUGGGCAUCCACAGUGGGCGAGUUCACUGUGGUGUUCUGGGUCUGCGCAAGUGGCAGUUUGAUGUCUGGUCCAAUGACGUGACGCUCGCCAACCAAAUGGAGGCUGGAGGAAAAGCUGGGCGUAUCCACAUCACCAAAGCUACGCUGCAGUAUUUGAACGGGGACUACGAGGUGGAGCCGGGAUUUGGAGGAGAGAGGAAUGCCUACCUGAAGGAGCACAACAUUGAAACCUUCUUGGUUCUGGGCUGCAGCCAGAAAAGGAAAGACGAGAAAGCCAUGAUGGCCAAGAUGCAGCGAGCACGUGCAAACUCUGCAGAGGGACUGAUGCCACGUUGGGUUCCUGAUAGAUCUUUCUCCCGAACAAAGGAGUCCAAAGUCUACAAGAAGAUGGGCAUCGAUGCAGCAUCCAGCAAAGACAAUCGCUGUGCUCAGGAGGCUCUGAACCCCGAGGAUGAGGUGGACGAGUUCCUUGGACGAGCCAUCGACGCGCGCAGCAUCGACCAGCUGAGGAAAGAUCACGUCAAGAAGUUUCUGCUCACAUUUCAGACCGUCGACCUCGAGAAAAAGUACUCCAAAAAGGUGGAUGAUCGUUUUGGAGGAUAUGUGGCCUGCACACUUCUUGUCUUCGCUUUCAUCUGUUUCAUUCAGGCGAUUAUUUUCCCAAAAACAACACUUAUGCUCGGUCUUUACAUCAGCAUCUUCAUCAUCCUCGCCAACAUCCUCUUCAUCUGUGCCAUCUACUCUUGCGUCAAACUCUUUCCAGCUGCCUUGCAGACAGUAACCAAGAAAAUAGUCCAGUCUCGAGCAAACAGCACACUGGUGGGCGUCUUCACCAUCCUCCUCCUCUUCAUCUCUUCUUUUGCUAACAUGUUUACCUGCAGCACAGAGAAUCUGGAGGACUGUGUGUCCGAGGAGCUGAACACACCAGUGACUCUCUGCCUGCUGCACAACCUGACCAAGACAGCAGAGGACGGUUUGACUCUGUGUUCCGGCCAGGCCAUGCCCUGCCAUUUCCCCGAGUAUUUCAGCUACAGCGUACUGCUGACCCUGCUGGCCUGCUCUGUGUUCCUCCACAUCAGCAGCAUAGGGAAGCUGGCUCUGAUGCUGCUCAUCCAGCUCACUUUCCUCCUGCUGGUGGAGUGGCCUCAGGUGGCCCUGUUUGACAACGCAGACCUGCUGGUCAUGGCCAACACCCUACAAUUGUCACCUGUUAAUGAUUCCCUCCAACAACUUGGUUUCAAUGAAACUACAGAACAGUGCCUGGAGAGCAUGACCAAGGUAUCCUUAAAGGUCAUGACCCCUGUCAUCCUCACCGUUUUUGUUCUGGCUCUCUACCUGCACGGCCAGCAGGUGGAGUCCACUGCACGCCUUGACUUCCUGUGGAAGCUGCAGGCCACAGAAGAGAAGGAGGAGAUGGAGGAGCUGCAGGCGUACAACCGCCGCCUUCUCCACAACAUCCUGCCCAAAGACGUAGCUGCCCACUUCCUCGCACGCGAGCGUCGGAAUGAUGAGUUGUACUACCAGUCAUGUGAGUGCGUCGCCGUCAUGUUCGCGUCCAUCAGCAACUUUUCAGAGUUUUACGUCGAGCUGGAGGCUAACAACGAGGGCGUGGAGUGUCUCAGGCUGCUCAAUGAGAUCAUCGCUGACUUUGACGAGAUCAUUAGCGAGGAGAGGUUCCGUCAGCUGGAGAAAAUCAAAACCAUCGGCUCCACCUACAUGGCCGCCUCCGGCCUCAACGACUCCACUUACGACAGAGAGGGCCGCUCACACAUCCUGGCUUUGGCCGACUACGCCAUGAGGCUUAGAGAGCAGAUGAAAUACAUCAACGAGCACUCCUUCAACAACUUCCAGAUGAAGAUAGGGUUGAACAUGGGGCCGGUGGUAGCAGGUGUGAUUGGAGCCAGGAAACCUCAGUACGACAUCUGGGGGAAUACAGUUAACGUGGCCAGCCGGAUGGACAGCACAGGAGUACCAGACUACAUCCAGGUGACCACGGACUUGUACCACGUGCUGGCCAACAAUGGAUACCAGCUGGACUGUCGAGGUCUUGUCAAGGUGAAGGGAAAGGGCGAGAUGACCACUUACUUCCUCACCAGCGGCCCCCCGGGCAGUUAGCGACGGACCGGCCGACCGCAGACUGACUCCCCCUGCGCUGAUGAGGCAGAUGCUGCAGAGAGACUGAGCGGUCAGCUCGAUGAGGCGAUGAGCACCAACAGCUUGGUGCAAACACACCGGGGACAGGAGACGGCCGACGGAGACCAGUCUGUAUGUUCACGUCACGAACUCAGAUGCACACGUGUCGGCCGUCGGUCAUGUUUGAAGGCUGCCCCACCUCCCCAAGCUGCCCCAGAGAUAAUGAAGCCCAGUUGCCUUAGGACGGAAGCGGCAUUGCUUGUGUUUAUGAGCAAUAGUACAAGUAUUUCAUGUGGAGUCAUUAUUUAUUUUUCGUGAAAAGCAAAAACUACGUUUCGUUACAGAAAAUAUGCAAGGACAACAUGAAGGAUGACAAAUAACCAAAGAACAAAUGUUUGAUAUGAAACACACACUAAUGAUUCUGCUCAAAAGUACAGUAACCUUAAGUAAUUUAUUCAUCUUUUGAGAGAAAAAGGCCACGGUAACGUCACUGUCACUGACAGGGAUGAACACUUAUCUUUUUUUGUUGUGGACUUACUAAUGAAGGAAACGCACAUGCACACAUAUGAACACAUACACAAAUAAACAACACAACAACUUUUGCUUGGACUUCUGUGUUUCUUAUCAGGGCCUUCUUUGUUUCUUCCAGUCUGUGAUUAUCUGCAGUCUGGACACGAGGCUGUUUGUAGUUUUACUCAGAUGUACGACUGAACACUCGCUCCCUGCAAUGUAUUUUUGGUUCGAGCCAAAAAAUGAGAAGUAUGAAAUGAAGGAAGGGCAGUUGCAUUAGUAAUGCAGAACCGAAGAGAUUGUUGAACUGUUGUGAAACCUUUUAUACAAGUGUGUAUGUGUGUGUGUGUGUUUGUACUGAAUGUAUGGGUGUGAGCACAUGUAACUGAAUGCUGAUCUUUACCUAUAAAGGGGCAUACUGUAACUUUUCACUGUGAGGUUUUUACGAUACUGUAUGAUAAUGCUUUCUUGCCAAACUGGUUGCUGCAAGGCAUGUUUUAUAUUAUUCAUCAGAGUUGUGUGUCCAUUCCCGAUCUAUUUUUUUUUUGUGUGUGUGUCAAAAUGAUCAUUUGAAGAGAAAUAUGUCUACUGCGCCUUUUACUGGACUGUGAUUCUGACUGAUUUCAUUCCAACUGAAAUAAGCAAAAGCUUAUGAAAUGUGUGGUUUUUUUUGGAUUGUGUUACAACAUGUCAAAGUAAACUGGUUACCUGACAGCUUCACGAUUAGGUGUGUGCAGAAAUUCUCAGUCUGCUCAUGUCUGUAUUGCCUUGAGAUGAUGCAGUGCUAAAAGCUGCGUACUUCACGGACCAAUAUUCACAACUCUACACUACAGUAUUCAACCCUGUUUUGUAUUUGGCACAUGGAGGUUUGUAACCCCCCAAAAUUAGUUUGAAACAGUAAUCAUAUGAAUGUAUGUAAUGAGUUUUUCUGUCCACAAUGAGACUACUGAACAAUAAUAGUCUUUAUGUUGCCUUUGGAAGUGAAGGAGCUGAAUUGUUGUUUCCUGAAGCUUUACACUCUGUGGUAAUAUAUGCUCACUUUUUUGUUGGAGUCCAAAAAUGCUGCCUUAAUAGGCUACAAAAAAAGCUCCUCACUUUCGCUGGUCCUUCUCUGUCCUUAAAAUGAGAGGGCAACUAAACACUGUUCCAUUUUC